AUGACAUCAACAACGACAAAUGAUAAUUCAAUUUCACUAACACAAACAAUUCAACAUCCUUUUCCUGCGUCAAAAUCAGCAUCAACAUCACCAUUACCUUCACUUGCAAAUGCUACGGAACCAAAUAGUUCUUCAUCGAAUCAACAACAAUCAUCAGUUGCUACUUUUCCUCAAAGAACAACAGGAGCAUCACCAACAACUAAUAAAGAAUCUCCAUUUGGUGGUUCAUUUAUACAACCAUCUACAACUGGAUCAAAUACAGAGUUUUCAUUUACAAAACCAUUACCAACAAAUAGCUCUGGUCAUUUUUUUUCAAAUACAACAUCAAACAAUGCUUCUGGUGUUUAUUUUCCAAAUACAACAACAGGAAAUGUUCCUAUGUUUAAUUUUACAAAUUCAUCAGAAAAUCCUUUUAAUGUUCCAUCUAAUCAAUCAACAAUUAAUUCACAGGUUCGACAACCAAUACAAUCAUUUACAUUUACAUCAUCAAAACAACAACAAGAAAUAUCCAAUAAUAAAUCACAAGAUUCAUUCCCAGUAACAUCAACUCAUAAAUCAAAUGCAAUAUCAAUCAUAAAAGAAGCAGCAGGAACUACACAAAAUAAUAUAUCAACAUCUUCAAGAAAACCAUCUGAUCCUGCAACACCUAUUUCACAACAAUCAAGUUUCCCAAAUCAAGAACAAGAAGCAACAGAUCUUCCGGCUUCAUUAGCUGAUAUAUCAUUAUUAGAAAAAAAAAUUCAUACAAAAUUAGUAGAUUCAAGUGCAUUAGUUAUUGAUCGUAGUGAUCCAACAUCACCACUAUACUCAUUAAAAUCAUUUCAAGAUCUCAAUUUGAAACCUGAGUUGUUAAAAGGUGUUUACAGUAUGGGUUUUCAAGCUCCCAGCAAAAUUCAAGAAAUUGCUCUACCGCAUUUAUUAAACAAUCCACCAAAAAAUAUAAUAGCACAAUCACAAUCUGGUACAGGUAAAACAGCUGCUUUUUCAUUAGCAAUACUAUCACGUAUUGAUCCAUCGAUUCCAUCAGUGCAAGCACUUAUUCUUGCACCAACAUUUGAAUUAGCUAUACAAAUUGGUUCGGUUAUUGAAAAAAUGGCACAAUUUUUACCAUAUAUUAAAAUUGCUUAUGCUGUGCGUAAUGCCCUAACACAAACAGCAACUACUUAUGUUCGUCGUCAACUUUUAAGCGAACCAAUUGUUAUUGGUACACCAGGUACAGUUGAAGAUUGGUGUCGUCGACAACGUGUUAUAGAUUUAAGUAAAUUACGUGUAUGUUGUGUUGAUGAAGCUGAUGUUAUGAUAGCAACUGAAGGUUUUCAAAAAACAUGUGUUGAUAUUGUACGAAGUCUUGAUCCUUCCGUUUGUCAAAUGAUGUUAUUUUCAGCUACAUAUUCCGAUGAAGUUAUGACAUUUGCACGUGAAAUUGUUAAAGAUCCAGUUGUUUUAAGAUUAAAACGUGAAAAACAAACAUUACAUAAUAUAAGACAAUUUUUUAUACGUUGUUAUGAUUCUGAACAAAAAUAUCAUGCUAUUGAACAAAUUUAUGCUCAUUUAAUACUUGGACAAGCGAUGAUUUUUUGUCGAACAAAAGCAACAGCACGUGAAUUAGCUGUUCGAAUGGCAAAUCAACAACAUUCAGUACGAGAAUUAACAGGAGCUUUAGAUAUUGAACAACGUGCAUCAGUUAUUCGUCAAUUUCGUGACCGUGUAUUUAAUGUACUUAUAUCAACAAAUGUUACAGCCCGUGGCAUUGAUAUUGAAGAUGUUUCAUUAGUUAUUAAUUAUGAUAUGCCAGUUACUAUGGAUUUUAAACCAGAUUAUGAAACAUAUCUUCAUCGUAUUGGUCGUUGUGGUCGUUUCGGUAAAUUAGGUUAUACAUUUAAUUUAAUUGGUUCAGAAAAAGAUUUUAAUACAAUGAAAGCAAUUGAAGAAUAUUUCCAUCAUCCUAUUGUUGAAAUAACUAUUGAUGACAUAAUCAAUCUUGAACAAGAUCAAGAAUAA